AGAAAAUAUUUCUUAAUUCUCAAUUUUCAUAACUGUGCUAAUACCCAACACUGCAAGGAGUCAGAAAGCCAAGAAACAUAAAAGAAGAAGAAGAUUUUUCAUAACCACAUACAAUAUGACCAAAACCUUAUGAUCUAAGACCAAAACAUUAUUAUUCUCCUAUCAUCUGAAAGCUUCCUCGUUUAUUCAAAAUACUAGAAAUGACCAACUACAGCAGAGAAAUUCCAGAUCGAUCAACGAACCAAAAUGUUGAAUACGUUCCAUCCAAAUUCAAUAUCCACACCUUUGAUGCAGAAAUUUUGGAACAUAAGCUGCUGUUCCAAGUAAUCAAAAUGCAGGACUCCUUGUUGUUCUACAUCAAUGAUAAGGAUCAACUGAAAUUCAGCGACAUAUCUCUUGCUUUGAAAAGCAGGUAUGAUAGCUCACCUUUGGGUACAAGACUGAUAGGAGAUUUCACUGAUGAGAUUUCCAAGAAUAUCGCCAUCAGGUUAUCUAAAAAGACAGAUAAGGCAGUGUUUUUGAGCUUCAAUGUUGACCAUGAUGGAAGGUUCAGUCCCUUGGUAGAAAAAAGGAUAUAUGAAGAGAUGAAAAAUUACCCUGUUAUGUUCUAACUGAAAUAAAUUCUAUUGCUUUUUAUAAAAUUGAUCUUGAUUUUGUAGUAAUAUGUAGGUAU